AAGGCUAGAACAGGAGCUGCAGGAAGCCAAAGGAAACGAAGCACAGCCGUAGAAGCAUUUCAAGUUUUGAAGGGAUUGUGCUUGCAUAGUGGUAGGAGAUGAAGCGUCCCUCUGUGCUGAUUUUGCUGAUAUUUGCAUUUGUUGGAGGAAAUCUACUCAUGGGCAUCGCCUCUAACCCAAGAAGCGCCAAGAACUCAACAGAUCCAGGACAUGGAAGCAUUGAGCUAAACGGCAGGAGACUAAAGGAACAAUAUACCUUUACCAUCCGAAAGACAAGGGGCCUGGAAAAUAUUAGGACGGACGACUACCAACCCGUUGAUCCGAGCCCAAGCUCCAAAGCCACUAUCAGGCCCGGUCCGAUUGAGCACGGGACUCCGGUUCUUCCUUAUGUACCGCAGUACCCACCGCCUCCGCCUGCCUCCUGUUGAAUCCCCUGGAUUCCCUUAAUUUCACUUAGAUACGCCUAAAUUUAUCCAAAUGUGAUAGCAGGACUGCUACACUCCUAUGUGGUCAAAACCUGUUGUCAUGCUUUUAUUAAGGUUUACUUGUGUACCAUGUACCCAUGACAGUCUCAAAUGUAAGUGUGUUACCAUAUUGUCUAAGUGUUGCUUGCUUUAUUAUGUUUCGUGAAGUGGUGAGUAGUUGUCUAGCGUA